CAAGAGCCAUCUAAAUAUCAUACGGAACCAGUCUGUGUCGCAGAAUAUAGUGCCCAAGCACGUUCUACGGAUCGGGAGCCUUGUUACUCCGCAGACAAGACCAUCUCAAGUGUACCGGUACCAUACGAAACUGACAUGACCAAACAUGAAUCUACCACUCCCUCCGGGCAAGCGCAUCACCAUCAACCAACGUUUUCUUUUACAGAAGGCAAACAGCCUUUCAGCGUAGCUGCAGAGGAUUCGAAAUGGCCAGGAUUUGCUGCCGACUUGCACAAGUGGUUCCGUACUGAAGACUCCGCGACGGCCAAAUACCCUAUCAGCGUUCAAGCUGAGACGUCUAACGAAGAUUCAUCUGGGAUCGAAUUUCCUCCGUGGCCCAGUCACUCAGAGACCGAACCAGAAAAGGCCUUUCACCCUGUUGACUUGCCAGUAGCUGCGCCGAACAGAGAAGGCGCGAAAAAAAUUUUCGCAGUUCCGUCCUUGUUACAAGAACUGGAAGGGCCAUUUGUAUUUGAUCCGACUGAAAAAGACGAUGGCGUCGAAAGCACACAAGAAUGUAUUCACACGGACGGUGUCAGCGGAACAGACCAAGGUACAGUCGUGGCUUCUCUCAACAAUAUCCCGGAUCUUGCUGGUCCUCAGAUAAGCGGUCUAGCAAUCGCCGCCGGCACAGAUGGAGCGGGCAAGACAAAGGUACAAAAGCGAAGGCUCUCGUUCAGCGACGAAGUUACUGCCAGUGACGACGCAGCUUCUCGUGAAAAACAUAAGCUACUGGUUGGUUACUCUGACGUCGGUUCCAGAGCAGACGCCUCGCCCUCGGAAAACGCUGCUCGUUCAUCAAGAAAGCAAGCAACGUACAUCUACCUUGCCGGCGCCACGAUUCCGGAAGAAGAAUAUUCCCUAGACAAACACGAGCUGUCAGCUGCGCUGGAAAGUGACACGUCAGCCAAGGCGGAUGAAGAGGAAUUAAUGUUGCCCUACAAUGCGAGACAAAGCGCACCGGAUGGCGAGUUGAACAAUGAGGAGCACAGGACAGGUAGCGCGUCCCAAUACGGUGAACUUAUAGCAAGUACAUUUACGCAGUCCGCUCCCAACGACGUCACCACAGCGACGAAUGCCACGUGGAGCGCAGAGAACAGAGACGACGACUUGCAGCGUCCUGUGUACGUCGAAACGGGUUUCGAGGAUGCAAGGCGCCAAGUGAACAAGUCCUGGCUAUCCCUCCGCACUGGAAGCGCCGACUAUAGCAACGAGCAAGUGGAAAACACUCGCGGUGGUGAAACGGCGUUUGGCGACCGUCGCGCGAAUGCUACGGAAGUAGGAGACAAUACCUGGGAAAGCUCGACUAGAGAAUUUGAAUCCAGUGUCCCAACAGGCGCUGCCACGAGCGAUCCCGCGGGCGCGGGAGGUGUCCCCUCAACCGAGCGAAAGGCUUCGCUAAGCAGCGUCAGUGUAGGGUACACCCAAGAACCGCAGCCAAAUGACGGUAACGUUUCUUCUUACAGCGGCGAUGCCUCGGAUGACUUGGAAAGCCUAAAAAUGCGCCUCUUCGGAACAAGAAGCCGCUCCCAGGGUCCAGGGGACAUUGCCGAUGACGAGAUUCGAAAAAGUGAGGCCACAUCCACGCUCAGCGCUUCCCACAUCGUGGCCACGGACGCACCGUUUCCGUGGGAGCACACACGCAGCGUUGAUUCAGAGACCGGGUACGCCCCAGCGAUCAUAUUAAGAGACGACGCCUACCAAAUGAGCUUGCCGGGCUCGGCAGUGGCUGAGGGUGUGGCAGACAUAGCCAACAAAUACGAGGUUCCCGCUGCAGGAAAGGAAACUACGAAAUCGGAAAGUGCAUUGUCGCCUACAUUCGGAGAUGUGUUAAACGCUGAAGAAGGUGCUACGCGACAUGGCGAAGAACAGUCCGAUUCGGAUAUUACGGCACGAGCAGCCCCGAUUCAGCUGGAACCUUCCCAACGCGGAGGCAGCGAGUCGCCCACGAAUGAUGAUGGAGAAGGGCGUAUAGAGCAUCUCUUGAAGACGGCAGGCGUGGACAGAAAGGACGACGCCCACGACAUCAGUCACGAAGUGCCUGACGCUGACGACGAGAGUUCGAAGCUUGCUUCCCACUGCGAAGAGCUGCGAUUCGAGAACUUCAGAACGGUUGUAGAACACAUGGCGGACCUGUCGGCGCGAAGCGAGACAAACAUUGUGUACGAGUCCUUCGUUCCCGCUAUUGGCAAAGUCAGAGACAUGCUCGGUAGCGUUUAUUAUGAUACUGCAUUCACGGUUCGCGUCGUAGACGACUACGAUUUACCGUCCAUCAUGUACGACCGCUGGAACGAGGAUGCUGCCAGCGUGGCUCCAACGAUCAAGACUUUCUGGACCUACAGCCCACACAGCGUCUUGAUGUCCGUCGACGAGAACGGCACACAUUGCGGCAUCAUCAGCGCCAUCGUGUUCGAGGACGAGCAGGCCUUCUGCGCGGCCAACAGCGUCAAGUGCGACUUCCUGGCGAACGGUGUCAAGCGGCAACUGUGGGACGCACUGCUGAGCGUUCAGCGCGGCAAGAACUUGUUCACCGUGGUGCCGGCCGAGCAGGUGAGCGCCUACUACCGCCAUCUGGGCUUCUACACGUCGGCCAGGGGCCUCAUCCUCCACGGAAAGCUGGCGUCAGACACGGACCUCGCGCCGCUAGGCCAAGUCCCGUUGCCGGACGGUGUCGAGAUCGCCAAGUUCAAGAAGCAGAUGUACGCGUCGCUGCUGAGCUUCGACAAAAGCACGCUCGGGUUCGGCCGCAAGCGGUUCUGGAGGAUGACUCUGCGCGAGGGCCCCAUCUCGUUCCGUGUGGCGCUCCGAGGGGGCAGCAAGGGCCAAGUGUGCGGCUACGCGGGCCUCCAGAACGACGUGAGCGGCGUGCCCGUCGUGCGCUGGCUGGUGGCCGCCGACGAACACGUGGCGGUCCGGCUUCUGCACAACCUGCUGGACCGGGUCGCGCACAGUUCCGUCAGCGCGGCGCCUGGAUGGCGCUGUACGCGCGCAGCCACGCGUCAGCCGCGCUCCUUCGGCACCUGGACACCAGCAGCUUCCAGCCGUGGAUGCUCAUCUUCAACCGACGGGAGCCUUUCCUCCAGUACCGGAACAUUGCAGUGCUCACCUACAUAUGAACCGCACCCACGGCAAUUUCCAUCUUUUUUUUUUUCUUUUUCGCUGAUGUUACGCAUGCGCGGGGAGAUUUUCAUUUUAUUUGUUAUUCGUUAUUGGCAAUGAAACUACUAUAUGCAAGAAGGCUUUGGUGCGCUGCUGCUCUCUACUGCACGGUACACGCGAACCUUUAACCGUGAUGUCUCAUUGUGCGUACACGGGAGAGAGCACGGCGCUAAUUAACGAUCCAUCGCAUGUACGUUACACGGUCGUGAGAAAGCGUAAUUGGAAUACCUUAACCAAAUCUUAGCCCAACUAUAGAUUAAACUGGUAAGGUUAGCGUAGCGAGGCAGCAACACUUUCAUGCCUAACAGCCGAACAUCAAAGGGUGGAGCACCCUUAAUUGUUGGCACUUGCGAGUACCACCAGUCAAUUCAGUUAAAACACAGAAACAACAUUUUCUUUUUUAUACAUGACCGAAUAUCUGUGCAGCUUCGCAAGCAAAAUUAUAACACAGUGCACAGCAGAUUAUUGCAAGACAACAAUACGCAUAUUCUAGAAUAAAGUGCAAGUUACUUUUAAAUUACGGUACGCAAUGUUAAAGGGCUCGGGAUUCCUGGCAAUGUAGAGCAAAAGUGUAAGAACAUGUGUUUACUUUGGAAUUGAUUACAUGCGAAAUAUAUAUUACGUAGCAAUAAUACACUACAUGUGUAAUUUCUCAACGUUGAUUCGCAGUGGUUACUCUUGCACUUUCUGUAAUGCUGAUAAGCACCUAACGCAUAAAAUGGCUGUGCAAAAAAGGCAUUGGCAGAAAGAGGCCGGUAUUACUGUCGACAGCCCGGGAUAUUUCAUUGGCUAAUGUAGGAGUGCAGUACCCGAAAUCCUUUAUCGGACGUCAUGAAACGUUGAGUGUAUAUGCCUAUAGUGUUCAUAUUGUACAUUACACACGAUACGUGUUAAUUAAAAACCCCAGAGGCCACAGAUGCUGUAUAUAGUUUGAAUGACUAUAUGUGUGGAUUAAAUGACGUUAAAUAAAGUAUAAUCUAAAGGAGAAUUGCAGGUUAUUUUACAAACAAAUGUAUGUACCCUGACA